AUGAAGUUACCUUCGCAGGACAAUGUGGUUCAAACUGAAGAGUCAGAGGACGUUCGGAACGGUAAGGUGCUUCGGAUGGAGCUGAAAAAUUUCAUGUGCCACCGGCAUCUAGUAAUCGAGUUCAACAAGUCCGUCAAUUUGCUAGUCGGAAAGAAUGGUAGUGGCAAGAGCGCUAUUGUGGCGGCUUUGACCGUCGGUCUCGGUUGUAACGCCAUGCAGACGAACAGGGGCUCCAGUUUGAAAGAUCUCAUUAAGCAUGGCGAACCUCAAGCGGUGAUCGAGAUUCAUCUUGAAAACGGCAAUUUCAAUGGUUUCGACCAGGAGCGCUAUGGCAAUCGUAUCGUGUGCCAACGAACCAUAUAUGCAAACGGUAAGGGAUCUUACAAGCUGACGGAUGCGAACGGCCACACCAUUUCGACGAGUCGCAGCGAACUUCAGAAGAUACUGUUGGCGUUCAAUAUCCAGGUGGAUAAUCCGAUCUGUGUUUUGAACCAGGAUUUGGCACGUUCGCUGUUGAUAGACUCCGACGAGUCGAAACAGUAUAUGUUCUUCGCCAAAGCGACGCAAAUCGACGAGAUCCAGCAAAAGUUGCGGGACUGUUCGCUCAUAACGCAACGGGCGCGCCGCGUACUUUCUGUGCGGGAAAAAGGCAUCGAAUAUCUACACCAAGAGGUGGAGACGCUGGAGGGAAAGUUUCGUCGUUUAGAGGUUACAGAGCUGUUGUCCGCUUUGUUAAAGAACCUGCAGGCACAACUCGCAUGGCGAUGCGUGACGGAUAAAGAGCGGAAACUGACCGAGAUAGACCAGGAGCUCGAGAGGAUUCGUGCUUCGAUCGAAAAACGGAAAGCUCAAAUCGACAAAAGAGGAGCACUCGUCGAAGAAACGAACCGUACGGUGCAGAUGCUCAGUACUGAUAUUGAAGCGAAGAAAAUUGAGCUAGCGAACCUGAGAACAGAGUACAUGCAGUUUCGAAAGGCGAUGCAAGUUGCGCUAACCGAACAAGAGAACAUUGAACUACUGAAGCAAAACACAUCAGACAAACUUGAACGGCUACUGGAAGAGAUGUAUGACGUGGAGCAGGAGCUAAAUAAUCGUAGCCAAAGCGAUGUAAACCAGGAGCAGGAGAAAGAAGAAAUGGCACUGCGCGAGCGGCUAGAAGAACUGGUCGAACAGAUCGAGAAGAUUGAAGAAGAGUUGGAGAAGAUGCAUAUCGCCGUAAUGGAGCUGGAUGAUACCCGUGCUCAGCGUCGCCACGAGAGGUUAGCUAAACAUUCCAAGGUUAUGCGACUCGAAGAAGAACUAGAACAGCUGAAAAAAUCCCCAGACAACAAGCUGACCUGUUAUGGGCAUAACAUGCCGGCACUAGAUGCACGCAUUCGCCAGCUGUAUCGGGAGGGUAAGUUUUCCGAGCUACCGCGUGGCCCACUUGGCCAGUACAUCGAGGUUCGUGACCGGAAAUGGGCAUCGAUCGUUGAAAUUGCACUGGGUAGUAGGAUUCUUUCGGCGUUCUUUGUGGCCACAUCGCAAGACUGGCGAACAUUGAAUGAGCUGCUAGAGCGUGAAUUUCCCAAUUUGCAUAAACGUACCAUCCUCACGGGACGCUUCGUCAAAGAGUUGUACGAUGUAGAGCAACAGUGUGUGCAGGAGCUGGAUGGAACGCAUUUACUGAUGAAUCUUAUCAAGGUCGCGGAUCCGGUCGUGAUGAAUCGAUUAAUCGACAGCGCAGCAAUUGAUACGAUUCUGGUUACCGAGCAGCAAAGGAUUGCGAUCCAGCUGACAAGUGAAAAAGAAACUGUACCUAACAACCUAACCAAGGUGAUCGUGAGGGAUCCGUGUGUGGAAUUCUACCCGAAACCUAUAUACCGCAGCUAUGCAAAGAUGUUCGUACAGUCGCGCUAUCUACAGGUCAGCAUGGACGAGCUGAGACAACGGACGGAGCAGCACUAUGAAGUGAUGCAACAUGAACUUAGGCAGUUGAAGGUCGCCGAAGACCAAGCACACAAGGCCCAUGGAAAACAAAUCCGAUGGCUACGUCUACGGGAGCAACAUUUGAGCAAAUUGCGCAAUGCGAAAUACCUAGCAGAACAGCGUCUGGACGAGUUGGUAGCGUCGAUGCUCAUGCGCCAGAAAAAGCCAGAGGAAUCGACAUUGCGUUGGGAACUGGAAGCACUUCAAACGGAAUCCGCGGAAUUACGCGAGAAGUUGGACAUGCAACAGUACCGUCUAGAUGCGAGCCAAUCGGAGGUUCACGCUCAAAAGGACGAAGUACUGAAGAAGAAGAAGGCAAUGGCCGACACCGAGCGUAUGAUUCAUGCCAUUCAACGGCACAUCGAAGAUGAGCAGCAAAAACGUGAGGAUCUGCGGACGACCGAGCAGAUGAAUUUGCGAGAGUUGCAGCGUUGUGAGGAAGGAAUGCGCGAACGGAUGGCAGUGCGAAGUGUCGUAGCGGAAGCAGUCGAACAAGCCCGUGCAGAAGCACUGACCUUGGGUAGCCGCGUUGAGACGACGGAAACGACGGAGCAACUGAAGCGGCAAAUAUCUUCUACCGAAAAACGCAUUCGGAAAAUGUUGCGAACUAGCGACAUCAUCGAAGAUGUAAAAUUUCAACUGGAUCUGAAGAUAAAAGAAUGGGAAGAAGCAAAGCAAUAUACGGGAAAGCUUCGGGACAUCAUAUCCUUGCUAAACAAAACACGCAAAUCCCGCUACGCAUACUUGGAUAAGCUAAUCUCGCACAUGUCUCUGCGUGUGAAGCACAAAUUUAAGCACAUCAUGCAGGUAGGACACUUCGCCCGUAAGAAGAUCCACAUUGAUUGUGAAGCCGGUACACUGGAGUUAGAUGUCGUGCCACGUGCUACGAACGUGCAGGAUGCAGUUUGCACGACAAAUGCACUGUCAGGCGGUGAGCGAUCUUAUACGACCGUGGCAUUCCUCAUUGCACUGUGGUCAUGCAUCGAUUCCCCCUUCUUCGUUUUGGACGAGUACGACGUGUUCACCGAUAAGAUCAACCGGCACUUCAUGACAAAUUUACUGCUAGAUGAAGCAAAGAAAAAACCGGAUCGCCAGUUCUGCUUUCUCACGCCACAGGAAGUGGAUGGAUUGGAGGCCGCUAGGAAUCUAACGAUACACCGGUAA